AUGCAGCCUCUCCCUCAAGAACUCAUCAUAGAAGUCUUGUCAUGGCUUCCAGUAAAAUCUCUCGUGCAAUUCACGUGUGUGUCAAAGUCAUGGAAGUCUCUCAUCUCUAAUUCUCAAUUCGUAAAGUUGCACCUUCACCGGUCAUCUUCUAGAAACGCAGGUUUUGCCCACACUCACUUACUAAUAAGAUGUAACUUCGAUAAUUUUGGUCUAGCAUAUGUCUCAUCUUGCUCAGUAAAUUCACUAUUGGACAACCAUUCCACCAUUGAAGCAAAUCGAAGUUGUUGUGUCUCCAGGUAUGAUUUCAGGUAUGAUUUCAUUGGAACCUGUAACGGGUUGGUUUGUUUGAAGAAAAUAGAAUAUGACGAUGUAAGUGGAAAUCUCUUCACUCUAGUCCGUUUCUGGAACCCAGCUACUAAGUCAAUGUCUCGACAUUCGCCACCUUUAUAUCCCAUUGGUAUUUUUGGGUUCGGUUAUGAUUGUUCAAGUGACACCUACAAGGUCGUGGGAGUGAGGGCCCUCUAUCAUGAGACAAUGGUGUAUGUUUUCAACAUGGGUGAUAAUUGUUGGAGAAGAAUUCAAGAUAACUUCCCUUCUCGCCCCAAUCUGCAUCGAGGUGCAAUUUAUGUGAGUAACACUCUUAAUUGGUUAGCAAGUUCAUCACAUAUAAUCUAUGCAGAAGCUGAUGAUGAUACUGAUCCGUACAUGAUUGUUUCGUUUGAUUUGAAGAAAGAAAAAUAUGCACAACAAUUGUCAUUGCCUUAUUGUCCUGAUCGUCGAGAUGAAGUCUACAAUUUUGUGCCAAUUCUCGGGGUUUUGAGAGGUUGUCUAUGUGUUUCUCAAAAUAAUAAGAAAACACAUAAUUUUGUAUUGUGGCAAAUGAAGGAGUUUGGAGUGCAUAAUUCUUGGAUUCAGUUGUUUAAUAUUAGUGUCAAUGAUAAAAUUAUUCAGUGGCCUUGUUUUACAAUGUGCAUAUCUGAAAAUGGCGACGCCCUCUUAGUUACAAAAUUUGGUGUGUCACCGGUAGUUCUUUAUACCCAGAGAGAUAGUAAAUUGAAAGGUAUAGAAAUUACUAACAACAUCAUCUGUUCUGAUGUUCAGAAUUACAUUGAAAGUUUAGUUUCACCUUUUUGA